CAACUUUGCAUUCGUCUGGUUGUGGAAUCCUUCUUAAUAGUACUGUUUUAGAAUUGCUAAGAUGAAGUCAAGUUUUGAGGAAUUGAAGAAGAAGAAGAAGAAGAAGGGAGAAGGAGAGCAUUGGAAGACAUAGAGAUAAAGAAUUGAAGAUAAUGCGAACCCUUUGCGACGUAUGCGAGAGCGCCGCUGCCAUUGUCUUCUGCGCCGCUGAUGAGGCUGCUCUCUGCUCCGCUUGUGACCACAAGAUCCAUAUGUGUAACAAACUUGCUAGUAGACACGUUCGGGUUGGCCUUGCUGACCCCACUGAUGUUCCACGCUGUGACAUAUGUGAAAACGCACCUGCUUUCUUUUACUGUGAGAUAGAUGGUAGUUCGCUGUGUCUGCAAUGUGAUAUGAUUGUGCAUGUUGGUGGUAAAAGAACUCAUGGAAGAUAUCUUCUAUUGAGGCAAAGAGUUCAGUUUCCAUGUGAUAAACCUGCCCAAAUGGAAGAACUAGGGCUGCAACCUAUGGAUCAAAAUGAAUCAAGGAGGGAUGAAAGUCAGUCACUCAAGCUAAAAAUAAGAGAUAGUCAGCAGAAUCACAGUGUCUCACCUGUUCCAAGACAAGAAAAUAAUAUUGAUGGUCAUGGAAAAAUGGAUAAAAAGUUAAUUGAUCUUAAUACGAGGCCACUGCGGUUAAAUGGAGCAGCACCAAACAACCAGGAACGAGGUAUGGAUAUUUUAAGAGGCAAUAAUCAUAAAUCUGCGAGUGUGCCACCAGUAGAAUCCUUCAAACAAGAGUCUGAGAAGUAAUAAAGCUACAACAUAUAGGGUGUGGUCAGAGGCUACAGAAAUAUUAUGUUUACGCAAAUUUCUCUUACACUGCUGACCUUGUUUAUGUGAAUCUUGUUUUUUGUCUGCUUAAAAGUUUAGUUGUUUGGCUGCAGACCAAAUUAAUGAGGGAAAAUAGUUGCUUUCAUAUGGAUGAGCUGCAUAAACAAGGUUACUACAGCUUAAACUCGAGGGUAUAACAUGAUUGUUGCCAGUAUAUACUGCGUUUUCUUAAAGCAGCUUAUGUCCAAUGCAUCCUUAAUAUUUUGGUUUUCCUAGUCUGACAGCAGAGGAACUGUUGGUUUUAUUAGAAACUUUAUGAUAUUUUA